GGUGGGAGGAAGAGGAAGUCUCGCGGGAAGUAGCCAUAGAGACGGAGCCGCUUGGCUGCGGGGGGAGCGGGUAGUCGCCGCCUUGGCCUGGGCGCUCUUGUGGCGUCGCGGGACGGAGAAGAAGGCGGGAUUAGCGCGAAAGUCGCUAGGGCUUGGGAGCCGGUUGCUACCUCAGCGGUCCUUGCCGCUCUGUGCUCUCCCUCUCGCUGCCGGCGCAGCGCUCUACAACUGAAAUGCGACUGAAGAUUUCACUUUUAAAGGAACCAAAACAUAUCCUUUGUCUCAGAACAAACCAUAGAACAGCAUGUUAAUUCUGAAUAGACUUUUCCAGAAAGGAUUUCUUUAUCAUAGGUGUAAUAGUACAAUAUUUGUAAAGUGCAAAUGACUUUAUAUUUUGUUCUUUUCUUCACCUUGCCAUUCAGUGCAGCCUUUAAAGGCAACAUUUAAAGAGCUGUUGAACACUCUUAAAGUAAUACCUUCCCUUGAGAAACUAUCAGUGUUUUGCUAGAAAUUUUCAAGAUUUUCUUUACCUUCUUUUUUUGUAGUGAUAAGUUAAAAUAUUUCCCAGACAGGAGUAGUGAUAUAUCUGCUUCCUUGUAAUAGGCAUGCAUGUAGCAGAUGUAAACAAAAUUAUAAUUUUCCUGCUAAUAAAUCAGAUGUGUCAACUAUAUAUGAUGUGAUGUUAACAAACUGACACAUUUGAAUUACAGUUGGAUGUUUUGUACAUUCAUUGUGCACUAACACCAUUCUAGAGUUAUAACCCAACAUUUCAGCUGUGUUUCAAUAAGUAUGCAUCGUAAUAAGAAUUAUGUUUUACAUUAUAGUUAGCUUCAUUUUUUGCUGAGUGUCUAGCAGCUCUUUUCUUGAUACCAAAGAACAAAGAAAGAAUGAAGAAUCAUAUUUUAAAUAUCAAACAUUCUAUGUAAUCUUAUCAAAAUAACUUUCCAGUACCGUUCCGUCAGUUGUGUAUAGCCUACAUGAGUUAUUUUAUAAAUUUAUUUUUAAUAAUAAAAAUAUUCAGAUUUCCUUAAUUAAAUUAAACAUAAAGAAUUAGUGAGCUGUGUGGGAUGGACUACAGCUGACGAACUAUAUUCCUGCAGUGAUGAUCACCAAAUAAUGAAAUGGAACCUUUUAACCCGUGAGACUACUCGGUUAGUGAAACUUCCGGAUGACAUUUAUCCCAUAGAUCUUCACUGGUUUCCCAGAAGCAUAGGUGGGAAGAAGCAGUCCCAUGCUGAGAGCUUUGUUCUAACAAGCUCUGAUGGGAAGUUCCACUUGAUUUCCAAGUUAGGAAGAAUAGAGAAGAGCAUAGACGCACACUGUGGAGCUGUACUUGCAGGAAGAUGGAAUUACGAAGGAACAGCACUGGUUACAGUUGGUGAAGAUGGCCAAGUGAAAAUCUGGUCUAAAAGUGGAAUGCUGAGAUCCACUUUAGCUCAGCAAGGAAGACCAGUGUAUUCAGUAGCCUGGGGACCUGAUUCUGGAAAAAUUCUCUAUACUUCAGGAAAGCAGUUGAUUAUUAAACCUCUUCAGCCAAAUGCUAAAGUUUUGCAGUGGAAAGCCCAUGAUGGACUUAUUCUAAAAACUGACUGGAACUCAGUUAAUGAUCUUAUUCUUUCUGCAGGUGAAGAUUGUAAAUAUAAGGUUUGGGACAGUUAUGGACGUUUAUUGUACAGCUCACAGCUCCAUGAGUAUCCUAUAACAUCUGUUGCCUGGGCUGUUGAUGGUGAAUUAUUUGCUGUGGGAUCUUUUCAUACUUUGCGUCUAUGCGAUAAAACUGGGUGGUCUUACACUUUAGAGAAACCAAACACUGGCAGCAUAUAUAAUAUUGCUUGGUCUAUUGAUGGCACUCAACUAGCCGGCGCAUGUGGUAAUGGACAUGUCAUUUUUGCCCAUGUUGUGGAGCAGCACUGGGAGUGGAAGAACUUUGAAAUAACUUUAAUUAAGAGGAGAACCAUGGAGGUGCACAAUGUCAUUAAUGAUGCAGUAGAUCUAUUGGAAUUUCGUGACAGAGUUAUUAAGGCCUCUUUGAACUAUGGGCAUUUGGUUGUUUCAACUUCUCUUCAGUGUUACGUGUUUUCUGUAAAGAACUGGAAUACACCACUGAUCUUUGACCUGAAGGAAGGAACAGUUAGUUUGAUUCUACAAGCGGAAAGGCAUUUUCUUCUUGUAGAUGGUGGAGGACUUUAUUUAUAUUCAUAUGAAGGAAGAUUAAUUUCCUCUCCAAAAUAUCCAGGAAUGAGAACAGACAUUUUAAAUGCCCAGACAGUAUCUCUGAGUAAUGAUACUCUAGCAGUAAAAGACAAAGCUGAUGAAAAAGUUAUCUACGUAUUUGAAGCUUUAUCUGGAAAGCCAUUGGGUGAUGGAAAGCCUCUAACCCAUAAGACAGAAAUUGUAGAGAUAGCUUUAGACCAGAAAGGACUUACAAGUGAAAGAAAAAUAGCUUUUAUUGAUAAGAACAGAGAUCUUUACAUUACUUCAGUUAAACGGUUUGGAAAAGAACAGAAGAUUGUCAAAAUAGGGACAAUGGUUCAAACUUUGGCUUGGAAUGACACAUCUAACAUUCUUUGUGGGAUUCAAGAUACGCGUUUUACAGUCUGGUACUACCCCAACACAGUCUACGUAGAUAAAGAUCUUUUGCCAAAAACUCUGUAUGAAAAUGAGGCAAGAGAAUUUAGCAAAAAUCCCCAGAUUGUACAUUUUAUAGGAAAUCUGAUAACAAUUAGAAGAGCAGAUGGUUCACUUAUUCACCUUAAUAUUUCGCCUUAUCCUGCGAUUCUUCAUGAAUAUGUUAGUAGUUCUAAAUGGGAAGAUGCUGUUAGACUGUGUCGCUUUGCAAAGGAUCAAACUAUGUGGACAUGUUUAGCAGCUAUGGCAGUUGCCAACAAAGAGAUGGCUACAGCAGAAGUCGCCUAUGCAUCAAUUGGUAAGAUUGACAAAGUUCUGUAUAUCAAUUCCAUCAAAGAUCUGCCAUCAAAAGAAUCCAGGAUGGCUCAUAUGCUGCUCUUCAGUGGAAACAGCCAAGAAGCUGAAACCCUGCUUCUUCAGACAGGCCUUAUUUAUCAAGCUAUUCAAGUCAACAUUAAUCUUUAUAAUUGGGAUAGGGCCCUAGAACUAGCAGUAAAGCACAAGACACAUGUUGACACAGUCCUGGCUUAUCGACAAAAGUUCCUGGAGGACUUUGGUAGGAAAGAAACAAACAAAAGAUUUUUGCAAUACGCAGAAGGUCUGGAAGUUGAUUGGAAUAAAAUCAAAGCCAAAAUAGAGAUGGAAAUUGCUAAAGAAAGAGAACGAGCAGCAGCCAGUCCUGCGGUGAGAGCUAGUGUAACUGUACAGCAAUAACUGUCCUUUUGGUCACCUUCAUAAGUGCUUCUCGAAUAUAUUGUACUGGCAUAUUUUUCCAAACAUUAAAAAGCCACAGCAGACGUUUUCUGGGGAACAGGAGUGAGAAUCAAUGUAGUUCUUGUUAACUGUUGUAAGGCAGGCAGAAUUAUUUACUUACUACAGUCUCAUUUUGAGCAGGGUUUUUGUUCUAAUGCUCUAGGGAGUAGCUAUGCUGUAGUCCACAAUACAUGUAUGAGAAAAAAGGGAAAUUGACUCUCUUUCUGUUAGUGGCUUUUCAAUUUAAUUGUCACUAAAAUUAUUUAACCUUGGUUGCCUCUAAUUUAAAUACCUAUUUUCCUUUCUAAGCACCUAGUUGAGUAGUUUGGUUAUUUCUGCAACCUCAGGGACCUCUGAAAAGACUUGUUUAAAUUGCCCCAAAACAAAUUCAGCAAGCUGUCAGUGUUGAAAAUUAAAACAGCUUGCACCUAUAAAGUACAAAAGAAUAUUUUACUCAUGGUUGGGGUACUACAUAUUUCUGCUAGUAUGUAUGUACGAGCAAGUUCUUUAAUAGAUCUUUUUAUUACUUCAGCAACUAAGGUUUGUCACUAGCAAGCUAUCAAUAAAUGAUAUUUUCUGAGAUAAAUUGUUUAAAAUACUAUGCAAUGUGCUUUGAAUGUUGCCUGAAGUAACAGCCAGCAUUGUUGGUUGGUUUUGUAGUGUCCAACACACAUAAUUGGCAGUGUUAUUGGAAGCUUCCUUAAGGUUCAUAUAUCAUACUAAUUUCAAAUAAAGAAGAGCUUUCUAUUUAUUUUUUUCUGCCCAAAGCACUUGAUUUGAAAAAGACUGUUUUUACAUUUGUGUUAUUUCAUCAAGAUAUAUUUUUGAUUUACAUAUGAAAGUGGCUGCAUAUGUUAGAUGUUAUUUGCAGAAGCCCUUUGCAUUACAAAUAUGUGAGCAGGUUUUUCAUAAUUGACAUUGUAUCUUUUCAAAUGUUGCCAUCCAAAUGUUAAAUAUCUGUAUAUCUGUCAAUUUUUUUCUGGUUUGUGAAUUAUUAUGUGACACUGCUUUCAUAGUUCACAAAAUUCUUAAUAAAAACAAGGGUUUUUUUAAAAUAUGUAUCUAAUACAUGAUGCAUUAGGUGAUCUGCAUUGAUUUAUUUGACUGCUAAAUAAAACAACAUUUUUGACGUAGCUCA